GUUCUGCAAUGUUCCAUGGACAGAGAUUUAAAUUUGUACAGUGAUGUGAAAGAACAGACCAAUCCAGUGGCAAAGCUGAGGCUGUUGGCUUUGUCUAGUCAGCCGGCUGACCACGAGAUCAAUGGACACCAGAAGCAUGCCACCUCUGACGUUGGUGUACCAAUUCUUCCUUCCUCAUACCGUUCUCCAGACAUCGACAACGACAGCGACGACGACGACGUACCCGAGUACAACGACUAUUCCUCCAACGACGACAUGAGUGACAGCGAGCCCACCAUGACAGAGCACGAGGCCAGAGCGCGGCAGAGGAAGCACAGCAGGUCAAAGAUUGGCCCCGGUGUCACGCAACGGAAUAUCAAACAGAAGUUUAUAGCUUUGUUAAGACGCUUCAAGGUCUCUGAGGAUGUGUUAACGACCCUCGACUCUGAAGCGGACCAUGACCAGAUCCCCAACCCCCAGGAGCUGGAUGACUUGUUCUUUGAGCUGGAGGACUCGGAUAGUGGACCGGAGCUGGACACCAUGAGUGUCAUGUCCACACCCAAACCGAAGCUCAGACCUUUCUUUGCUGGUAGAGGCACCACCCCAGAGGCUUCUGAUCAUCUCCCCAAAACCCCAUCACAGGAAGUGUUCCGCUCGUUAGAAGACACGCCUGUGAAGCGAAGUGACUCGGACUUACACACAACUGUUGUUUCAACACUGUGCCAGGAAAGGUUCUCGGACUUAGACUUUGAGGCCUCCGACUCGCAAAAUGCCAGUGCGAGUGAGUCAUCGCCCAAAGUGCACAUCCCUCGGCCCGAAUCCAAAGAGUUUGUCCGAGACCGCAUUCGCAGUACGUCGUAUAGGGAGAAGAAGAGCAAGAAGGAGUUUAAGCGACAGCACCGUAGGAAUAGUGUAGGGGAAGACGUGUCCCUGCUGUAACAGCAAUGCUCGCACACCUAUCCCCAUCAAAGUGGGCGUCGUUGGAGGAGACGCCUAUGUCAACUCGGUGCUUCGUCCCUAUGUGGAACACUUUGCCAGCAAAUCUCCUGACUGGCAAAACUACACCAGAUUUUUAGUCAUUCCAUUUGGUCCCAGCUCCAUAGGCAAAUAUAUUGCUAGUGUGGAUAGCACGUUUGGUUCCUUGUUUAUGGAUCUUCAGUGGAAAGAUACCUUUGAGAAACCAGAGUCCCCUAAGCUAGAUUCCCAAGACAUUGUAAACAGAAUAUCCAAAUACUUAAAUGGUGCAAAUUCCUUACAUCAGAUGCCCAUUGCGGAGGCACUUAUCAUGUGCAAAGGAAGAAGCUCUGAUGAAGUGUCUUCGCAGAUAUUUAUUCCAUUCUUGAGUUGGAAAUUGAAGACAGUCUUCCUCCAGUAUUGUUGUCCAGCUCCCCGCCAGCGUCCACUCCAAUCCUUGAGAAGACAAAAGAAGGACACACCCCUCCCAGCUCCCCCAACAUAGGAGCCACCAUGUCGCCUCCAACCAGCAACUCUGGCACGGCCCUGUCCUCCAUCUCCUCCCCUGCUGAGUUCAUGGACCUGCAGGUGGACUACUGGGUGAUGUCUCCCCCCAAGUCGGACGCCGUGGACAAAGAGAAGGACAAGGACAAGAAGGAGAAGAAAGAUUCCAACAAGUGCUCCCUCAAGUCGGCGUUCAGGGCCCUCUAUGCCAACAGGCUCCCCCACUCGGGCGGCGUGCAGUCCUCCACGUUUUCCAUGAUGGUCGUCACCAAGGAGAAAAAGCAGAAAAUCAUGAGAAUUGGAAAAAAGGGUAAAGACUUAGAAUCCAAGAGUCAAGCAAUCGAAGGUGUCAGCAGAAUGGUGUGUACCUCAAAAAGCCAAAACAUCAAACUGAGAGUGUUAGUCGACGGUGUCGAAUGGACUGGUGUGAAAUUCUUUCAGCUGUCGUCACAGUGGCAGACACAUGUGAAGUACUUUCCGGUAUCUGUAUUUGGUUCCAUGGAUGUGUGAAGAAGUGACCGAACGUCUCCUCCGCAGAGGCCAGUCCCAGGGCCGGUCACACACUUAACCACCUCCCCCUUGUCUUGUUUCAUGGUAUUAGUGUCUCUGCACCUUUGUCUGGUCAACAGAGAGCCUCGCUUACAGAAACGUUGUGUUGCCUGUCGCGCGGAAAAUGUGCAACACUGUUGGGAAGUCCUGUGUCUUUGGUUGCUCUCACACACACGUUGUGUACUCGUGUGUAUUUGUAGUGACCUCAGAAGGCUACCCUUUCCAGUUGGGAAGUAGUCACCUCACAAGCAAUUUUUGCUGGACAGACAUUCUUAACGUAAAGAAGAUUUUAAGAACUUGACAGUGUCAUCGGAGCUAUUUCUUCUUACCUUCUGCCUGCGGAUUAUUGUAUUGAAUACUGUUCAAGGGGAUAUGCUUACAGUGUGGGCAGGAAUAAAGUGCAAGUGGAUGUGCUUAAAAUAUGUGCAGGAAUAAUGUACAAGUGAGCCUGCCGUGUGUGCAGACAGGGUUUUCCUCACUAUAUAUGUUGCUGCAGUGGUCGGUGAGGUUGGACGUAGAUGCCAGCUUGCUGUAGCCGAACAAACAGUGGUGAAGCUGUAAGGUGUACAGUGAUUUUCGUGUGUAUAAUACGAAGAACCCUUGGGGCUGACACUCUGAUUUCCAUUGAAGAUCUUACAAUGAAAGUUGGAUCGGAUUGUGCUUGUGUAUGAUUUCCCCUUCCUGUGGUGUAUUAUAAUAUCAUGUCUAUUUACUGUGUACAUAGUAAGUAGACUAGACGGUAGUGUGCAUUGCAUACACAGCAGAUGGUGGUCUGAGAUUGGCAUGGUUGUGGCUUUUGGAUUUUUAUAGAGAUGAGUUCUAGAUCAUGCUGCUUCUGAUUCUUCUAAAUUGUAAUAGAUUGAAGUUCUGUCUCACAAAAGAGCAAUUAUAUUUAAAGGAAAUUUUGGGGAUCCGUUUUUCCCAAGUGUUCUGCGCAGAGGUGAAACAUUUUCAUUCUCAGGCCACAACAUGUUAAUAUUUAGUGUAGAAGUCAAGUAAAUGAUGUACAGACAGCUACCACACACCCUCCCUCUCCUUCCCCCCCCCGUCUUUUUCCUGCACCUGUGCGCUGUGCUACCUUCCUCUGUCCUUCCCGUAGCCCUCCCUUUGCCAAAUUUAUUCUUUCAGUGUGAACCGCUUCCACCACCAAAUUUCUUCUCUUGUAUAACUGCAUGGAAUUAAUGAAUACUUGUAUUAAGUACUAGGGUGCCACUUUGACAGAUAUUCCUAGACUUCAUAAGAUGUAGAAUAGAAUAUAAUAUGCUCUGGCUGCUUUUGAGUUGAAUGGUAUUUUUAUUUCCCACACACUGAUAGGCAUCUUAGUUGAUGGAUGUGAAAGAAGGUUUGGUUAGUCUCAAAAAUAUUUAUAUGUCUUCCUGGUCACAGGGGUCUAGAAUGCCCCUUUCUCUGGUCAUAUCAAUGCUUGACUAUCAAAUAAAAGCUGAUGAGAUGUUCUUUCAGAAGAUUGAAGUGUUCCUUCAUUGUCAUGCAAAAGGAGUAAAGUGUUUCUUUUAAAGAUGCAUUUGAACUCUUUAACUAUAGUGAUUUUAAAAAUAUUUGGAUGCAGAGGGUCAUUGUGUGUUCUAGCAAUGAAGCGUUCAGCUUUUGUUUAAAUGGGCACAAAUCAGAUUUUCCAGUUUAAAGAUUUUAGCUUUUCACAAAAAAGUCACUGGCCUUUCCGUUGUGACUAGAUAUUCAUGAGAUUUAGACCCCUGAUCAUGGGUGGUUGGAGGGCAUGACUGGUAGGUCCUACUUCUUUACUUCCCCUCUGUUGUUUCUACCGUCAGUGUCAG